AUGGAAGCACUGGACAAUACACACAGAGAAUUGCUGACGAGGUUCAGACAUUUUAUAAACAAUGGGAAGCUGAAGUUGCCAGAGAGAUUGAGGCAUGAGGAGAUAGCUAAGGACGAUGUGUAUGAACGAGCACGAAAACUCUAUGAAGUGAGGCCACAACAAAGGGAAGAAGAUGAAGCCAUUCUUAAAUUGAUAGGUUACAGCAAUUGCAUGUAUUCUAAGUAUAUUUCAUUAAUGUCUGAAGUAACAUACAGAGAGCUUCCAGGGUGCUGCAAGUUUUCUGCUGAAGUUAUCAUUCAAUACUCUGACCAAAUAGUUCUGCAUGGUUACGAUAUCAACUCUUCAAUGUACAGUGAUUAUUUUCGAACUCAUGGGCUUGUCAUUGGAACACACAAAUUCAAUGCCAUGUAUUCUGUGGAAAGAUUUGAUUAUAACCUAUACGCUGAAUACCUCAGAAGUACUUAUUAUUGGGGUGAAAACCCACCAGUUUGCUAUGCCAACAAAAAAAAUCCAUACUGUUUUUAUCUUUUAGAUGAGCCAGAAACUAUUGUGGAAAUAGAUUGGUUUCUAUAUCCAGUCCAACAAUUAUGGCAAAAGUUCAAGGAGGUCCUCGUCCUUUACUCUAACCUCAUGUUUAGGCGUGCAGAUUAUGUAGCCCGGCAGAUUGAAACAGGAAUUAGCUAUUGUUUAUCAUUUGGUCAAUUUGCUCAGGUGCUUCCCUUUCUUCCUCAUAUGAAAUUCUCUAAGGAACUUGGCUCUUCCAAUUUCAGGCCUAAAAGACCCAAAAAAUGGAACAAUCUUAUCCAUAAUGCCAUUAUGGUAUGCCAUACAAAUUACUCGGAAGAACAAAUGAGGAGAAGCCGGAGAAAAACAGAAAGUAAAGGCCUCCGUAACCGUACCCUGCUAAAUACCGAUUGUCCAGUGAAAUACGAUGUGACCAUUGACCUUCUGCAUGGCGUAGUCUUUAUAAAGAAGCUCGAGGAACACUCCAGUGAAUGCCAUUCGAUUCAACAACAAAAAGGAUAUUUGAUUACCAGAAGACUGAAAACCGAAAAAAACAUCCGUGAUAGGUUUGACAGGGAUCUUUUGGACUACUACGGGAUAGAUAAGAUAAUUAUGAAGAACCAUGAUAGGUUCUUCAAAGGUGUAGAGCAUGUGUCCAAAAGACAGAGAACCAGCUAA